GAAUUGCUCGGGGACUUAGAUGCUAAAAACAUGUUUCGUUUAGUAUUUGGCUGCUGGAUAAUACUGCCUUGUUUUCAGUCCCUGCUUUUUCCCGUGACAGUGAAUGCCUCAUCACUGACAUUCUAGGUUUUUUUUAAAGAGGUAGAAUUAAUUAAUUGCCACCAAAGUUCUCUUUGGUCAGCUGAGUAAUUUGAGAUCUCUGAAUCUCUGUCUCAAAUCCUGAACCAUUUAAUCGUGCUUCUAUUACAAAGACGAACAAUACCUAUCAAAGGCAAUUGAGGCUAAUUAACAUUGUAUACCAAAUGGAGGGACUCUGUUAGUGAAUAGGCUUGAAGAAGCUUGAAACAAACCCUGAAUUUUUCUAACUGGUACAGGCAAAGGUACCAAAAAUUAGGAAACAAAAAAAAUUCCACUUAAUUCAGGGUUGAAGGAAUUAGGUACAUCUGUGGAAUCAAGAAACAAAAAUAACACUCCCACUCAGGAUAUUCCAUGUUUCUAAGAUUCUGUGCAUUGUACUUCACUCCUGUUUGCAAAUGUAGCCAAGUUUCUUGAAAACUAAUGUCACAAUUAUUUCUUUGGACUUCCACUUUUUUAUUUAGCAUCACAACAUUGUAGCACAGUGUUUUAAAAUUAUGCCACCUUCACAUGGGAGUGGAAACAUCAUUACAUUUGUUUUGCUCUGGCCCAAGACAAGUCAGUUUUAAUUAUAACAUCUGUAAGUUUUGUGUAAAUCUUUCCCCUUGGAAAGCACAGAGCUUUUAAUUUCCUUCCUAAAAUUAUAGCUUCAUCCUUUUAAAAACAGUCCCCCAAGAGCUAUAGUAGGGAGGUCUAAAUCCUCACAGAAACAGAAUGAUAAUUUCAAUAAGCAAAACAAGGUGACAGCAAAUGGCCUAAUAUGUGGAGUUAACUCAGUCCUGUAAGUCCUUUCUGGAAAUUAGUCCACCUGGGAAAGGACAAUGAAAUUCCUGAGAGGUCACUAGAAUGAAGACUUCCAUGUGCAACUUCAGCUGCAAGUGUGCACCAGAGAACAAAUUCUAACUCUUGGCAUCACAUAUCCAGUGGAGCCAUUCAUCCUCAGGGAAUGGCAACGUUUUCAACACUAUGAAAUCUUCCUCUGGCUCCCCAGAGCGAUCCUUUCCUCUAGACCAUGCUGGACAUCCAGAAGGGUUCGCUGAGGUUGUCUGAGAAGGCAUCACAGCUCAUGUAGUCACAAUCUCAGGACCUGGAGAGCAGGAGACAAUGCACUUCCAGGGCGCAGGAACAUGGGUGACCCUCCCUUUUGAAAUCCAUACACACACCGUGUGAGGGAGGAGCUGCUGUCACAGAACAGCUUGAGAAGGACAGGUGGGCUACAUGAACCCAGCCACAUGAGGGUGCACAGAAAUUUGGCAGGUGGUGAGCAGUGAGAGGCUUGGAACUGUGUCCUACAUCCAAAGCCUCACCAGCAGGAAGGUUUCUAGCUGCAUAUUGAAGAUCCCAGUGGAGUUUGAAUUAAGCCAGCUGGAAUUACUCCACUUUGGGAGUUUAUAGGAACCCCCAAGUCUGUGGGUCUUGUUCAAGGUCAGCAUUCCACUCUGGGCUCUGUGGGGCUCAGUGCAUUCUACAGCAUCUGUGUUCCCGUGGUUCCAAGCACUGAGAUAGAGUUUGCUUCAAGACAGCCUCUUUUAAAGAGGGAGAUUAGUUUGCACACCUUCUUCUGCUUGCUUUUCCUUUUUUUUCUGUUUAGCUCUGUCCAGCCCACUAAGAUAUUUUAAUCUCAGACAUGCAAAUAUUCUUUGAACAUAUGAAUAAUCAUACACUAAUCUGAUUUACUAAGAUAAGGCCAAUGUAAUCACAUUGUCCAACCUCCUGCUCUUUCAUGUCCAUCUCUUAAAUAAUUUUUAAAUCUACUUGCAAAUCUCAGCCAAGUUUGAGAAAACAAACACCCUUUUAAGGAUAUUAAAUUCUUACAAGCAUUGUGAAAACUGGAAGCUGGAUAGAUUAAAAGUGGAAGCUCAACAUUUAGCUACUUUUGUGGCUUACUGGCAAGCUGAUCAAUACCCCCAUGGUGCAGAACCAGAGACAGCACACCACCCAGCAGAAAGGUGGGCAAUAUGGGAAGGACAAAGUGAUGGCAUGGCUGGGAGGGCCAUGGGAUGGUGUGGAGUGACUACUGGGGCAUGGUUUCACCAGAGGUAACUCCCAGGAGAAGCUGCUUUACUUUGUAGGGAAAUAUCAAAAGCACAACUGACAUCAGAGGAAGGGCCAUUAGAUCAAAAUCAGGAGGAUCAUGAUUUGAAUCUACCUUAUUUGUGACAUCUGUAAAAUCACUUAACUCUUCUGUCCUUCAGUUCCUCCAUCAAAACAAGUUAAACAUUCAGAGCUCCUCAUGUCAUGAAGGUUGUUAUUUAUGAAAGCAGUUCAGUGUUUCUGAUGCUAGUCAGGGUGGGUGGGGAAUGCUACAGCACACACAGAACAACCUAAAAGGUGGUGUACCUUUUCCCUUUCAUCUUGAAAGAAAAGCAAUUGCAGGAUAAGGACUGGGCUUAGUAUCAGUGCAAGAUGAGAGAAGGGUCCCAGUAAUCCCUGCUGAGUCCAGCCCAAUGCCUCUUUUCCCAAAAGCUCAUUUAGAACAACAGUUCAUUUUUGGCAGCUUAGGAAAGACACAUUUGCUCCACACUCUCUUCUGGAUGGCUGAAAGCCGCAGGACAGCCCUGACCGUGAGGAGUGCUGGGUUUGACCUGCAGCCUUCUUGGGACCCCGGUGUCAGCAGUUUUUGGACAUUUUAAAAUUAAAACAAAGGCUGGUGCUCAGCAGUCUCAGGAGGAAAGAUGUGGUUCAGCCUGUCUCCAGCUCCCGAGCGGCUCUGGAGGAGGAGGAGGAGGAGGAUGGCUGCCUGCAGGGUGCACUGCUGCCCCGCUGCACCGCGCCCGCCCCGCGGGGCAUCCCCUCCGGCAGGAGCUGCUUCUCCUCCAGCUGGGCUGACAAGGGGGUUUUUUAAAGCACAGCAAUAAAUAAGCCAAAAUACAGUGACUGCGGGCACGGCCCUGUUGUGUUUGUGUAAAAUUAAAUGUUACCCUCGUUAAGCCCCUGCAUUACAGCACAGCCCUUCCUUCAGUCACAGGGGAACAAAGUUCUCUGGAAAAAGAGCUACAUGAAUUAUUUCUAAAUUAGUUUAUGUAUGUGUCCAGUGGACUGUGUGACAGCUCUCAGUUGUUGAUCUUGCAGUUUGUCCUGUCUAAAUGUGAAGUUCAUCGAGGGCUGAGGCAGAGGUCAUACUGCCACUUGAAAAGGCAUCCUCUGGAGUUUUGAGCCUGUGGAGCUGUUUCACAUGAGGCAGAGUAUGACUCAUGCUAAUGAAAAGGGUAAAGAAGAUUUUUUUAAAGAAAUAUAUCGCAGUUAAAUUAGUUUAGACAGCAUGACAUCAGAGAGUAAUUAAAUAGGUUUGUUGGAAUUCCGUUUCCAAUUCCAGAGUUCAGGUUUGUAAAAGAUUUCUGAGCACCUGCAGGUCUCUGUGUGUGAAAUAUUUUCACUGGAAAGGAUUCAAAACUCAAAACUUUAAAAAAACCUUUUAACACAGAGGCAGCAUUACGCCAUUCUUCCUUCUUGGAAAAAAAAAAAAAAAACCCUUGGAUUUAAACAAGACUCCUUCAAGUUUUCAGUCAGUUUUACAGAAGAAAACGAGGUGGUAAACUUUCUCUUUUCAAGAACAAGUUCUUUAUAGCUGCUAACUGAAGUCAGGGGAGAUCAUAUCUGAGUACAUGAGCAUUUCCACUAUGGGACUGGAUACAAGUAUUGAACAACGAUAUUUGAAAUGUUUUAAUCUCAAACAAAAGCCAUUUUUGCUAACUUUGGUUUUUAAUUUCUUUCAUGUUUUCUUCUGCCAAACUGGAGGAACCUUUUCUGAUUUUUUCUUUAGUGGCAUUCAGAGGAAGACCAGAGGAUGAAAAUCCUGCAUUUUCUCACUUUACUGCUUUGGCAUUUGACUUGGCUGUCUCUGGAUCUAGUUCCUGGAGCGCUGAGUAAUUCUGAAGCAGGCCAGGGUAAUCCAGGAUCUAAACUAGGUUUUUUGAAAGCAGAAGGAAAGGAGAGGAAUCCCUCCACACGGGCAGGUACACUGAGGACUGCAAGCCAUGGAUACAGUGCUGGGACCUCAAAGGCCAGGACUAAAAGCAGUGCUGUUCAGGCUGGAGCUCUGCUGGCCAAGAACGAUGACUCAAAGAAGGUUCCCUCAAGAACAGCAGCCACGGAGGGCAAGGUAGGACAUCUCCCCAGCAGACCUUCUGGAGUAAGGACAGUGACUCCAAAGGUUCAAAAUCUUAGCAGCAAGGUGGCUUUGAAAAAAACUGGCACAAGCAGUACUGACACUGAUUCUUUCAAAACCAAAAAGACUAAAGAGCCUGUAACCCAGAGGGAAGCUAAGGAAACUUUCCGACAUCCCCCGAUAACGCCACAUGAAUACAUGCUCUCUUUGUACAGGACUCUCUCAGAUGCAGAAAGAAAGGGUGUUAAUGGAAGUGUAAAACUGGAGGCUGGACUUGCCAAUACAAUAACCAGCUUUAUAGACAAAGGACAAGAUGAGCGAGCACCAACUAUAAGAAAACAAAAAUAUAUUUUUGACAUCAGUGCAUUAGAAAAAGAUGGCUUGCUGGGAGCAGAGCUUCGAAUAUUGAGAAAAAAACCUUCUGAUACAUGGAAGUCUCAUUCUUCUGGAAAAGCUUCCCAAGUAAAAUUAUUUAGUUGCUCUACAAACAGACAAGCCUCAACGCUCUUGGACUCUCGGACUGUCAGUAUCACUGAUACACCCAAGUGGGAAGUGUUUGACAUCUGGAAGCUUUUCAGAAACUUUAAAAACUUGGUUAAUUUGUGUUUUGAACUGGAAACUUUUGACAGGGGGAGAGCUGUUGAUCUCAGGAGUGUGGGAUUUAAUAGAACAGGAAGACAGGUCAAUGAAAAGGCUCUGUUCUUGGUGUUUGGGAGGACAAAAAAAAGAGACUUAUUCUUCAAUGAAAUCAAAGCUAGAUCCGGCCAAGAUGACAAAACUGUCUAUGAGUACUUAUUCAACCAGAGGAGGAAGAGAAGAGCUCCUCUAGCAACACGGCAAGGGAAGAGGCCCACCAAGAACCUGAAGGCAAGGUGCAGCAGAAAAGCCCUCCAUGUGAAUUUUAAGGAUAUGGGCUGGGAUGACUGGAUAAUAGCCCCUCUGGAGUAUGAGGCGUAUCACUGCGAAGGGCUCUGUGAAUUCCCCCUCCGAUCCCACCUGGAGCCCACCAACCACGCAGUUAUCCAGACAUUAAUGAACUCCAUGGAUCCUGAAUCCACCCCCCCGACUUGCUGUGUCCCAACCCGGCUGAGCCCCAUCAGCAUUCUUUUCAUUGACUCUGCAAAUAACGUGGUCUACAAGCAGUAUGAGGACAUGGUGGUGGAGUCGUGUGGUUGUAGGUAGCAGAACAGUUGCUUGUGUGAAUAUAUUAUGAGAGGUAAUAUGACACAUUGGACAUAACUUCUCCUCAAACAAGGUUAACUAGGUUUCUUACCCCUAGGGUAAGUAUGUUUACAAGGAUGUAGCAAUAAGUCCACCGUUUCUGUGUUUUCCCCAUGGACAUAUUUCAGUAGCAUUUGGAUGCUGUCACACAGCUGGAUUUAAGGCCUUGUGCCACUGGCAACACAGGACUGACUCUAAGUGAAGUCCAUGACAGAGAAGAUGAUACCUCUACACCUUGAGAUCUCCUGCUUUUAGCCUCGAGGCAGUGGAUAGAGAUGAUAUCAGUGAGCUGUGGAUAUGAGCUGUUUGUUCCUUGACCAUUGUUCUUGAGACUGAAUUUCUGCCUGAUUCCCUUGGGCUUUGUCCAUUCAUAAAUGUGAGAAAAGAGUCCCAAUGUUGAGAAGUGUUGUGUUCUGGUGUGCCCCCAUCUUGGUGUAAAUAGUUGCACUGUAAUAUGAUUUCUUUCUGAUUAGCUCUUGAAACUAUGCAUAUAUAAAAAGGGGUCAUUAAAUAUAAUAUGUUGGUUUAGUUUUAAGUUUUAUGUGAAGAUAGGUGAUGCAGGAACUAUUUGCUUCCAUGUAUGUUUUCCUCCAAGCUACAUAUCUUUCUUAAGUAUCCACCUUUCCAUUAUUAUGUAGCAAAAUAUAUUAGUCUGUAUAAGGUCCAAGUUGUUCUCAAAAGUUCACAGUAAAAGUGUUCAAUUAUGGCCUAAGAUGUAAUAAAUUAUUGACACAGUGCUGCAUUGUGCCUAGCUGUCCAACUCUGCAUAAUUAUAAUGCAAUUAAGAAAUUGUUUUAUGUUUUUGUACAAUAAAUGCAAGUGAAAGGGACUUUUCCAUGCAGCAGAAUACCAGGUGUUUGUGUUUUUUGCUGCCACAGAGAGAAGCUGUGGAAACAUUGAAAGAAAGAUAUGAAAGGAAGGCCUGGUUUGAUCUGGUGGGGAAUGACACUAUGACUUGGUGUGUCUAGGGCAAAAAUGAGUUAUGCAGAUGGUUGCAAAAGAGCUUUGGUAUUCUUUUAUUCCAUCCUCCAAGGGCUGUGUGCUUGUAUAUUCCCCUUUAUCUAUUAUAGGCAUGGAUUAUAAAUGGGAUUGACCCUGUAUAUUUCCAUCCACAAAAGUGGUACCAAAUAUUCAACUACAGACGGAUCAGAAAGGUCCUAUGAACCAUCAGAAAUUACUGAAAGAGUUUACCAAUAGUACAAAAUACAAAUGCUAGGGUUUGAUAUUGCUUAGACCACUGAGUCCUAAGAUUUCCUGGUUCUGCACAGCAUCACAGGUGUGGAUAGAGGCAAGGAGCUGAGUACAGUCCCCAAGGUCCUUCUGCUCACUACCCCAGUCUGGACAUGCUAAAGCUCACACCAGCAGCAAAACAUCCUAAAUUCCUGAUCAAUGGCCAUAAACAGUGACAUAAAGCUCUGCCCUUCCUCCUGCUCUCUCUGGGCAGCUCAGCCUUUAACCAGAUUAAUGUACCUGGAUAAGCAGCCUUGCUCCCAGACACCUUGGGGACCCCUGUGCAGGUGACCUGCCCUGUGCCCUCACCUGCAGCUCAGGGAUGCAGGAUGGCCCUGCAGGGAGCUUUGGUCUGUGGGAUUUCCUAUUGCCAUCAUUCCUGCCUGCAGAGACUGACACUGCCUGGUUUUCCUGCCUGCAGGGACUGCUUGACUGCUGCAAACCUGGGGACCAAAAAACUGCACUUGCAGCUGAAUCCCCAGUGUGCAGGGCAGCAGGCACUUAGAAUGACAAGCACUUGAAGCUACUUUGUAAAAAGCGUGUGAGAAAUUUCAGCAUUUUAUGGGUCUUUUUGAUGGGUCAGGGCUGCCCACAGGAAUUCUCCAUCUCCCUUCUGGACCCUCAGUGUGCCCUUCCCAGGUCCUGCUCCUCCUCAUCCUCAUGGAGCCUUAGGCUGGGCACAGAAGUUACUGACCCCAGCACUAACUGCUCAUCACCAGCCAGUCUUUCAAAACCACAAAUCUAAGAUUUACUAAAAGCUGAUUUAGGUACCACUGAUUUUUACCAUUGCCACAGCAGGAGGCAAAACAUUCCCCUGACAAGUCCCAAGCCAGGAGAGCAGCUCAGGCAUUUUUUCCCCCAAUCUGCUCAAGCAGUUCUUUUCUUGCUCCUGGCUGUUCUCAGGUGUGUUUGCAACUUCCUCUAGCACUGGCUCCAGCUAUCUCCUGGAGAGGUUUGCCAGAUGACCAUGACAAAGGGUUGUCUCCUUUAUUCCUUAGGCAAGUGCUGCUCCCACUCUCUGGGAAUGCUGUUUUCACAUUCCCAAGGAAAUCUCUGCUCUGAUGUGUGACACACAGCUGUGCCAUGCCUGUCAUUAACCACACAGGCACGUUCCUCAAUGGCUCAGGGUGAUCAGUUUAAAAUAGCAAAUACUGCCUAUUUAAAUACACUUGAAGCAAAUCUAAGUUAAGACAAGUUAACUCCUGGGAUUAGGUGUGCCUGCACGGGGCAGUUUGCUUCAGUACCACCUGGAUUCAUCAAGUGCUGUAACAACUGUGGAUGGGAGCACUGGUGUUACAGGCAAGGCAUGGUAGCUUGUAAAUCUGACAAGGGCAGUUCCUGUUUGGUUCACACUGCAGAGCUGGUGACCAGUCUAAGAGUCCUGGUGAGGUUGGUCAUGAUAGAAAGUUUCUAAAACCUGAGGUGUUAACCUCUCUGAGGUUCUUUCUUGCUGUCCUUGUAUGACUUUUUCAAUGCAUGAAUAAAGCAAGCUAAAGACUCAAGGAAAUGGUAUUUAAAUAGAGUAUGUAUCAGCAUCUAAAUGGAAAAAUAUGCCAAGGUUUUGCAAUAAUCCCAAAGCAAACAGUAUGAUCUGAGGAAAAAUUAAAAGAAAUACUGACAAAUUAAAGCCUUAAAAAACACCCUUUGCUAAUCAUUCGAAAGCCUACAUUCUGCUUGAUGGGAGUUAUACUUAGAAAGGAAAAUUAAAAAAAAAAAAACAGUAGGUAUGUAAUAUCAGAUUAAACAAAUUUGAAACUACAGACAGUAAAAUGCUGAAAUCAUAAUGGAUUAUUACUGCUUCAGAAAUGGGUUUGGCCAAAACAGAAGCAGUUUAAGCCCAAGUGUAUGGAUUAGGAGGUAACAUGACAUUCAGUUUGCUUGGCUGGUCUCUCAAAUGUGGUGGCAUCCAGAAGGGACAGCCCUAACACUGCUCAAGUUUGGGUCAGCUCAAAACAAGGAGUUUAUAAUUGUGGGCAUAGGAAUAGGGUAGGAGUUUAUAAUUGUAAGCAUAGGAAUAGGGUAGGGUUUUUCCACUUUCAGGUCUCAAAUUGAUUAUUCUGGUUUAUACCAUUAGUUAUAAACCAGUAUUGUCAUGUCCAGAGUGUCUUUUUGCAUUUAUAUUGUGAAAUUGUUCGAUAAGUCUGGGAAUUGCAGUUCAACACUAUUUUAUUCUGGAAUGCUCUACUGACUUUCUCCAUGGUGUAAAUGUGUACUAGCCUAUAGGUGCUUUAUUGGUACAUUGUUGGAGGCAUUGGAAUCCCCUGGCACAAACUUCUGUCUUCUCACAAAUUGUUGCCAAUCUUGUCAAGACUUUACACAGUAAUCUGCAGUUUGAAUUACCUGGCAUGUGAACAGAAACAGGCAUUGAAAUUUCCCAAAGUACAUGAAUGACAUGGAUGAGCACAAAAGAAAGACCCAGGCAGGGUUCACUCUAUCUUCAUUCCCCUCCAAAUGCAGGGGCUUGGGAAUAAGGCACACCCUGGAGUUGACACUCAGGACAGAAACUGGAGAGAAACAGGGAAUCUUGACAUUGGCCAAGGAAGUGGUGGAGUCACCAUCCCUGGAAGUGUUCCACAAACAAGCAGAUGUGACAUUUGGUGAUGUGGUUUAGUGGAAGUCUUUUCCAACCUGAGUGAUUCUGUGAUUCUAUGACUGCAGGAAUUUGGCACCACUUUCUUUAGCCAGGUAAUUAUAUAAUGUGCAAAGAUAGACACCCUAAAUUAUUGUUAUGACUUUCUUCCCAUGGGUGAGUUGGUGUGAGCAACUGGAUGGCAGAAACCUGAGCUGUAAAGCAAUACAGGUUAAAAGUUUAGCUUUCCACCUUUAUGAUGGCAGGUUUCACUCUCUCACUGAGAAUGCCUCACUUGUAUUUACUUUUUAAGGUCAUUAUCUGUCCCAUGAGAGUCUUUGUGAAGGUCCAAAUUUCAAAUAAACAGUACACUAUAAGACAGGUAUGUGUGGAUAAUUUUUGUUGUAUUUGGCUAAAAAAUGGGUACUAAGCUCAAUAGGUAAACAUAAAAGUAUGCCAUUGAAAACAAUGCAUUCCCAUUAGUGUUUGAAUAUGUGCCUAAACUCCAUGUACACUUUUACAUGGUUAUGUCAUUUCCUGUGUAAAAUGGCCUUGUUUAUACAGCAGCCAUAUGAAAGAUGCAGGAGCCCACUAUGUGGGCUAUUUGAAGCUUUCUUUAAGAAACAUAAAAACCCCUUGACCCUUGUAUAAUAAAAGGUGUUAAAAGAUACUGCUUUUAUAACAUCUUAGCCAAGACUAGUAAGAAUGUACAAAGCAAACAAUAUUUUUUUUUUUACUUCAUAGUCCUAGUCAAUCGUGUUAUUUUAUGGAUUUACUAUUGCUGUUGGGUAGUAAAAUGAUAUUUAAAAAUAAAAUUGCAGGAGAUU